UCUCCUGAAUUUAUCAAAGCUUUAUCCUCAGAUAACAGAAUAAGAGAGGGUUUAUUAAAGGAACAUCCAGGAACCAUAAAAAUUAAUUCUGAGUUCUUCAACAUUAUAUAAACGCCCUGUUAAAUAAUGAGAAGUUAUAUAUUUAAUAUAACUACUUCAUGGUGAUAGAGGAUCCAGGUCAGCCCCAUCAGACCACCCCUGGUCUAGAGGAUCCAGGUCAGCCCCAUCAGACCACCCCUGGUCUAGAGGAUCCAGGUCAGCCCCAUCAGACCACCCCUGGUCUAGAGGAUCCAGGUCAGCCCCAUCAGACCACCCCUGGUCUAGAGGAUCCAGGUAAGCCCCAUCAGAGAACCCCUGGUCUAGAGGAUCCAGGUCAGCCCUGUGACUCAUCCUGCAGCUCUGACCUCUGUUUGAUCUCCCAGCGGCCUCCUGAGGUCCACGGACCACAUGUUGGUGUGGGGGCUGCUAUAGAGCAGCAGGGGGCGCUGCUGUGCAGAGUGUGA